AUGAGCCCCGUGGCAUUAAUGCUAGGCUUGAAGACCUUGUGGGUUUUGGCUUUUUCCUCUCUUUCCAACACGCUGGCGGUGAAUAACAGCGGCCGAUGGUGGUAAGUGCGCUUUACGCGCUGUGCGCCUUUGGGGAGCCUUUCCAAAUUCGAAGAGCCUGGGGAGGGGAAUCAAAUCCGCCUCGGCCCGGCUCCCACGGAGGUGACCUGCGACUCCCCACUCCUGGUGUUGCUGGCAGAGCUUCGGGAAGCUGCGCCAAGUGCCCAGGUGGAUGAGCAGAGCAAGAACCCAAGGCGCGCUCACAGGGGGCGCACGCUCGGCGAGCCGCCCGGACCUGGUUUGCCCUGUAAGAUUCCCGACCGCAGGCACGUUGUAUCGCCUGGCCCUUUGCUGUGGAAUCCUGAUCUAGCUAAAGACCAGGGCAUCUGCAUACGCCUGAGAGAGGCAUCCUCGUGGUACAAGACAUAUAGGGCAGAAAAAGACAUAGGGCUUAAACUAGCCUUCACUGACACCCCAAGGCGCCUUUGGCAACUGAGGUCAGCGGAUGGGUCUAAUUUGGAAGUGUGAUAGCGUACAGGUGUGCUGCAGUAGUUUCUUUUAGAAAAGUGACGACGACGGUGAUGAUGAUGAUGCUAUUGCUGCUGCUGUUACAGCUACAGUGAUGGUUAAUUAAGGGCAGGAAAGUGUGUCUUAUCAUUUGUAAGCUGCCAUGAGUCCCUGUGAGGGGCAAAAGGUAGGGUAUCAAAUACAUAUAUAAUACAGUACAUAAUAAUAAUAAUCUACUGUACUGUUUGCACUGGUGCUGUGGCACAGCUAUAUGUUACUUCAUUUAUUGUUGCAUAAUUACUAUGAGUUAUAUUAAUAUUUCUUCCUAUACUAGUACUUUCAUUUUUACUUUUAGAUGCUUAGUCUCCCCAUAACAAUAUUUAGGGGCAGGUACUGCAACCCAUUAAUCCUUAAUCAUAGCCUUGGGAGAAAGAUCAUUUCCAUUACCACUACCAUUCCCAGGGGGGCUGCUUAAGGGUGUCCUUGAGAAUUAAAUCUCAAAUCUGCAAGAAUUAAAUGAAUUCCCAAUUAAAUCAGAAUUAAAUAACAAGCCUGCACUUCUUUAGCAUGGUCCACAUGUGCUUCUGACCAUUUUACAUGUGAGUAUAGGCAUUUGCAAUGUGAAUGGGCAUUCUGGCCUUUACACUCAUCUUAAAAACUCUGUUGUGUUAAGACUUAUGUGUGAAUCCCGCAGUCUAGCUCUAAUCUGUAUAAUUUGUUCAGUGUAUUAAUUAUCACUGGCUCACUCUGUUGUACAGCUUGCCAAGCUAGUUGCUUGGAGCACCGGCAUUUUCAGAGGCAUUAAAAAGCAUUGCAUGGUCUCAGAGCAUGAAGCACUUUAGGAUCUUUGGCAUGUUGCAGGUAUCAGGUGCAUGGAAUCUGAGGCUGCGCGCACAUGCCCAUUUACUUGGCAUCCAGUGCACUCCCCCCACUGGUUUGCGAAGCAGUAGACACACAGCUUUAGUCACAAUCCAUAUCUAUCCUGAUUUUAAGUUUGUAACAUGUACACAGAAUUAGAUUAGGUUAGAAGGGCGGCUGCUUGGUGCGUAUCUACAGCUAUGGAUAUGAAAAUAAAGUGUGUAUUCUGCUGGGAUAGCUCUAGGUCUCUGCCUGCCUCCUCCUCUAAAUGCAAACCUGAACAGUUAGCAGAAUGCCCAGCUCCCAAUACUCCACCCACAUAGCUUGCUGUGUGCUGAAAUACUGACCCCUACUAGGAGGUAAGCAUCAGAAGUUGACGAUGCAGUUGGGAAAUGCCCAGUUUUCAGAUUUCCUUAGUAGUCUGUGUGGCCUGGAGCUGCACAAGUACCAACUUUCAAAUUUCUGGGUUGCUUACUGGUACCUAAAACUGAGGGCACAGAUUUCAUGCUUCCUAUCAUUAGGGAAAGACUUAUAAAUGCCUUUACAACUUUCACAGUAAUCAGCAUAUGAUGGGUUGUGUGUGUUGACAGAUUCAUUUUCUCGGUCAACUUGAAGCACCGUAAUUAUUUGGGGAUGCACCAUCAGCUCCCUGUUUUGAAGGAGAGAAGUACAAUGUCCCACGUUUCAAAUUAUUUCUGGAACUGGAGUGUCUUGGAUGACAUGUGUACCCAAUUUCAGAGUUCUAACUCAUCGGAAAGUACCUUAGGAAUCUACUGCUCCAACUCGCAGUGUGUGAGUCAGUGAGGCCCAAAUGUCUUUAAUACUACUAGUAAAUGAAGCCUGCAUUCUUCAAGCAUAGCUAUAUGUCCCUUGUUAAUAAGUCCUCUGCAAGCCCCACAUCCAAAUCUGAGGAUGCCAUGGAAGUCCUACAGACCAAUAGGCUGUCUUAUAGAGCAUGUGGCUUGGCUUGAUCUAAGUUAGAAUUCUGGUCUUUUCUGAAAAGGAAACUCUGUGCUCCAAGCUUUGACCAGAAGGUGCAAAAAAAGUCUCCCUUCUCCCCCCCACCCCACCUCACAUAUCUUGGAAAAUAUUUUUAAAAUAUAUGUUCCUCAGAUGCUUUUCUAGUAAUUCCAAUGUCUUGGGCUGUGUGAAUGCCAAAUUUAGGUUUCCUGGAAGAAUCUUCAUUAUUGUAUGGGUCUAUUUGAGACACCGUUUUGCGAUAGAAUUGUAUAAAUGUUCUACUUUGGGAAUUUUUCUGGCAAUCAAGGUCUCUUUCACCAGGUGUAUCAAAUUUUUAGGACUGUAACUCAUCAGGAAGUAUCCUAACAGUUUUAAUACAUCUGUGAGUCAUUCACUGAAUCCGUCUAUCUAUCUAUGUGAGACACUCGUUAGUAAUAAACCGCAAAGCAGAAUCAACAGAGCAACAAAUCUGAUUUAAUGUUUAUGGAUAUCAGGAAUAAUCUAUAGACUGAAAGCAGGAGGCACAUAGGACUGCUUGCUGUUUACUUUUACGCAAUACUUAGGAAUGUUCACAGCCAGCUCCAUUAAUUUUGUUUUGUUUUUAUCCUGCAUUUCAGAUACAAAAGCAACCCCCUCAGCAUUUUAAAAUAAUAUAAAAUAGCUUUAAACAAGAAAAAGUACAAUCAGUAGCAGCAAUACACACCAACAAUUUGCACCAGAUCAGCCAUUCAGCCAAAUGCUUUCUGUAAUUGUACGGUCCUUGAAGAAAACUUCCUUAGGUCUCACGGAACAUCGCCUCUUGUGGAAGCUUAAUCCACAGAGCAGGUGCCGUGACCUAUUGCAGCUUCCCUUCUUUUCAGACUCAACACACUGAGAGGGAGGCUGCUGCACAUGGCAUGUGUACAAUGUGUGUGGUGCUUCUUACCAUGUAGAUGCUCUUCAUCCUGUGGUCAGUAGCAGCGCCAGUCCAAGCUGCUGCCAGGAAUGUGUGGUAUGUGGUGCUCUGCGCAUGAGGCACAAGAUCCAGGUGGCCAGUAGCACUACAAAUUGCGGCCACUGUGGGGAGAAGUCGCCACACAGGUGCCGUUUGCAGUCUCCUCCACUGGAUGGGGCAUGAGGUACAGCUUGACCCUUAGAAUGUGCAGCAUAGAUCUGUAAUUAUGUUGCUAUUGUUAUUUCUGAUUAACAACAAACAAACAAACAAACAAACAAACAAACAUAUAUUCUAUUCAGCUUCACAUAUUAGGGUUGCAUGAUAAAGAAUUAUGAAAUCAUGAAUGGUAUGGAGUGAGGAGAGAGAGAGAGAAAUUGAUUGAUUCUUGGCGUUACCCAGGAAAGUUAAUUGGCAGUGGGAGGUUCACAGCCAACAAGCUGCAUAUUCCUGCAUUGCUGCGGGUUGGACUAGAUGAUCCUUAGGGUCCCUUCCGACUCUAUGAAAAGGAAUUGCUUCACACAGUGUAUCACUACUGUGCGGGAACUCACCACCAACAGAUGUAGUGAUAGCAACUAGAUUAAAGGUUGCUGUCAACUUUCCCCUUUUUUAAGGGAAAUUCCCUUAUUCCGAAUAGGAUUCCUCGCAAGAAAAGGGAAAAGUUGACAGCUAUGCCCUGGCCAUUAGGUCCAGUUGCGGACGACUCUGAGGUUGUGGCUCUCAUCUUGCUUUACUGGCCGAGGGAGCCGGCAUACAGCUUCUGGGUCAGGUGGCCAGCAUGACUAAGCCGCUUCUGGUGAACCAGAGCAGCGCACGGAAAUGCUGUUUACCUUCCCGCCGGAGUGGUACCUAUUUAUCUACUUGCACUUUGUCGUGCUUUCAAACUGCUAGGUUGGCAGGAGCAGGGACUGAGCAAUGCGAGCUCACCCCGUCGCGGGGAUUCGAACCGCUGACCUUCUGAUCAGCAAGCCCUAGGCUCUGUGGUUUAGACCACAGCGCCACCUGCAUCCCUAUAGCAACUAGAUUAUUUGGCUUUAAAUUUUAUUUUAAAGUGUGAGAGCAAGUUAAUGGAGGAUUGUUAUAUCAGUGUGUAUUAGCCAUGGCAGCUAAAUGGAAUCACUACUAGUUGUAGAACUAAUCCACUGCUUGGGGCUGAAGGAGGAGGUAGAGUACUUGCAAGAAAGGUGCAGAAACUUUGGACAACUCUGCACUGAUCCUGCUAUGUAGACCCUUGACUGCCACUUGGGCUAGUGAGUUAUAUGUUGCUAAUGUGUUUUUUGUGGGAUUUGCUAGGUAAUUCUGUAGUCUUUCUCCUUGGAUGAAAUAGAAAGGAAAGGAAGGAAAUUCUCGCUCAAUAUUUAUCACAUUUCCAGCAUGCAAAACGCCCCUAAUGGCAAACAUGUAUGGCAUUUCCUUUUGGGUUGCUCUUUAGAAGUAUAGCGUGUCCCUGGCUAGAAAUGGGAACACUCUGCCUUCCUCGUGUUUAAUAACUAGACCAGGACUGGGGAACCUGUGGCCUUGAGACCCCUGACAUUAUUGAACACGUUGUCUGAGGCUGAUGGAGAACUAGACUAAGUCCCCAACUACAUGACUCAGUAUCAAUGGCUCUGUACCACAUCCAAUUCUUUCUUUAAAAAAAUAAAUAAAUCAUCUGUAGACUUCAGGAGCUGUUUCCAUUUUUAAUAUUUCAUUCAUUCAUUCAUUGAUACAUACCCCAUCUUUUCCCCUGCCAAGUGGCAGACCUUGGGGUCUCAAAUUUCAAUGGCACCCUGUGCAACACCAGAAUUUGUCACCCCUGCCUCUCAUGCUCUGUUCUAAAUAAUAGUUGCGGCAUCCCCUGCAGUUCCCCCUGAGACUCUGCGCCCAGUGCGACUGAACCAGUUGCACUCCCCUAAAUCUACCUCUGCCCUGACGGGACUCGAGGCGGUUGCUCAUUAAGGUCAUCAACAGAGGCCGCCUUAUGGGACUUGCCAGUGUCUGAAGCGUAUUUAGUUGGGGCUACGGUAAGAGGUUUCUUUGUAGGUUUGCCCAGGCUCUGGAACUCCCUGUGCAGGCAACUCCAUCUUACUUCCUCUUUGAUGACCUUCCGCCAAAUUGCAAAGUUGGUUCUUUUAAGAAAGGCAUCUGACGGAUAGGAAGCUGGUUACGGUCUCCCUCUGGUAUGUUAUGGUUGAUUGUCCUGAUACUUUCGGCAGUGAGGUUAAUCUGUAGGAAGUUUUAAUUCCAAACUUUAAAAAUUAUUUUGUAACACCACUUUUAUGCUGCUUGAUAGUGAAUAGCUCCUUUCAUGUGGCUGUUUGCUAUUAUUAUUGGUUUUAAGCAUUGUCAGAUACCUCAAUCAUCCUUUAUGGAGUGUGGUUCCCCCCCCCCCAAAGGUUUUAAAUAAGCAUGCAGUGGUUUGUAGCAUUUCACAGCAUUCAACAGUUCACAAGCAAUGAUAUUUAGUAUUUGACAGGUGGCAGUGAAUGAGAUUUUACAUUUGAUGCCUAUGAAAACAGUCAGAAGAUGCCAAUAAGUCCCUCAGCUGAUGUAAAUAUCCGUGUUCAAUGCUGCAAGAAAUUUGAAUGUGCCGUUUCACACAUCAAAAUUUGUGUGUCAGAAUUUGAACUUUCUGCUUAAACCCUUGCCGUUCUGUGACUGCAGGGGAAUCAUCAAUGUGGCCUCAUCCACCAACCUGCUGACGGACUCCAAGAACGUGCAGCUGGUGCUGGACCCUUCUCUGCAGCUGCUGAGCCGCAAGCAGCGCAAGCUCAUCCGCCAGAACCCAGGCAUCCUGCACAGCAUCAGCAGCGGCCUGCAGAGUGCCAUCAAGGAGUGCAAGUGGCAGUUCCGCAACCGCCGCUGGAAUUGCCCCACCACACCAGGGCCAAACAUUUUUGGCAAGAUUGUCAACAGAGGUAAGGAGGUGACAGGAGACGGAGACUGGGCCAUAGGAGUCCUGGGGCGGGGAUCCAUUUGCUUAUAUAGAAUGAACCCGGUGCAGCCGAGAUUGUGUUCUUGCCCACCCAUUGGAGCAAGAGAAUAAAGAAUCCCAGAUGAUUGGUUCACCACAAUCUGAAAAGCUCUAUUUCUCUUCUUCUGCUUGGUUGAAUCAAUAACCAUGUGCUCUUUCACAUCUGUCUCCCCCAGUCUAGACCAGGGCUGUCCAGAUGCUGGACUCCCAACUCCAUAAUCUCUGACCUUUGGCCAUAGUGGCUGGGAUUAAGGAGACCUGGGGGGCCACGGAUUCCCCACCCCUGGUAUAAAUGAAAGUCUGUUACAACCAAAUGAGCAGAUUUCUUAUGCAAUCUGCUACAAGAAGUAAUGCAAGGAAGUGUACAGACUACUUUGCAUUUCAUGAUAUUUGUGUUCUGCUUCCCAGUGUUUUGUAUGUGUGAUGCAAGCUUGUGUGACUCAUUAACAAAGGAUAAGCUUUUGCACCACUGCUGCCCCAUUGACUGUUCUUCCCUCCUCUUUCACAAUCAGAGCUUCUUUUCAUUUUUGCUUAAAAACAUUAUAAAUCCACACGGCAGCUGUUCAAGUUCCUCCUUAUGAGGGGAGAGAACUAGAGACUACUGGGAUAUUUUUCAUUUUAAAAUAUCUAUUUAAAUCAUGGUAGCUAAUCUGACUCUGGCCCUCCAGAUGUUGCUGUACUACAGAUAUUUGCAUUCGCCAUAGACCCCCAGCCCAGUUAGUGAUGAUCACAAGAAAUACUUCAAGGGCGCGCGAUGCAAGUCUUAGCAUGCACACCAGUUUCCCAGACUGCCUGAGACCAAUACAGGCCACUCUAACCUUUACCUUUACUUUACCUAAACUUCCUGAAAUGAGAGUGGGAAAUGUGUAAUCAAAAGCAGGAAUUAGGUGGGACAAGUCAUUAAGUUACCCAAGUCAAGCCUGGGCUAUUGCUGUCUAGUGUUAACUAGAAGAGCAAGAUAGCCUCACCUGCCCCAGGUGCAUCCUUAUUCGGAAUGCAAAAUAAGCAUGAGAAUAGAAGCAUUGUUGUUGAAAGUGUUAAAAUAUGUGUCACGAGGAUAUUGUCUUCAUAGUGGUGCAGCAACAAAACUGCUAGCACAUUUGCAAAGCUAAGUAGAGUCUGCUUUGGUUUCAGAUUGGAUGGGGAACCAUGCGUUGAAAUUCCUGGGUUGGACUAGAUGACCCUUGGAGUCCCUUCCAGCUCUAGAGUUCUGUGAUUCUACGAUUCAUUACAAACAUUACGCAUGUUGUCAAAAUAUCCAGUGUAAGGAUUAGCAUCUUUUGUUGAACACCUGUUUGCUUAUAGGUUUUGAUGGUCAGUUUGGUUGACGUUCUGUAAGCUGGCUUGCUCUGUGGGUUUUGGUGGCUAGAAUAUGUCUCUUCCAUAAGCAUUGCAGUGUGACCACCCAGAGACACCAGUUCAAGCAUGGAGACGCCAGUUCAAGCAGCCUGUGGUGGGAUAGGUGUUUGUUUGAAGGGGGUCCAGAUAAGUGCUGUUUGCUUUAGGUUGAAUUGGUGUCAUUUUAUAAACUUAACAUUGUCUGCCUUGGAGCGUGCCUGCUCCCCCAUGCUCCAUGUAAAUCAGGGGGUGAUUAACAUGGGGAAGGUCUGUCCCAUCUUGCCUCAGGCCACCCCCACCCCACCCACCUCCUCUGAGGCCUCACUUCCCAGGCAUGCAGAGCUUGCAGGUUUCAGGAAGGGGUUCACAAGAUUCUUCAGGCACCUGGAAGCCGCAGUUGCUUCUCCUUGCAUCUCUAGCAGCAGGGAGUGGGCAGGGCACCCACUGCGACCACAAGAUCUCGCCAGAAGCUGCUGCCACUGCUUUUCCUUGCUUCUCCAGCUGUGGCGGCAGGGGCAGAUGGGGCACCCAUGGUGAUGCCGCCCCUUGGGAUUCUGCCACCCAAGGCAGCUGCCUCAUGACUAACCGAUGGCUCUCCAGAUUAAUAACAUCUGGAGCUGGGCUCCAGAUCUCAAAGGCCAAGGAUGAUGGCAGCUGUAGUACAGCAACAUCUGGAGGGCCAGAGUCAGAUUAGUUACCAUGAUUUAAAUAGAUAUUUUAAAAUGAAAAAUAUCCCAGUAGUCUCUAGUUCUCUCCCCUCAUAAGGAGGAACUUGAACAGCUGCCCCAGAACUUUCUGGUGCUUGGGAAACUGGAAGAAUUUGCACACAAAUGAAGCACUACAACCUGUCAGAAGGCUCCCUAGUCGCCUUGAAUUUAUUCAGUGUGGGGGGAAGUGCCAUGAAGCUCUGGAAACUACCAUGGGUUCCCAAUUCAUGUAUUGAAAGUGUCUUCUGGUUCCCUGUCAUUAUUAUUAACCAACAGCCUUGUACUCACAGUUGCUUGGGAAUUCUAAGAAACCAAAAAUCAGUUUUGGAAUCAGUGAUUAAAAUCAGUACACUUUUGAAAGGUUCAGUUUCUUAAGAGGAGUCCAAAUGCAUAACGAACAGAGAAACUACAGUACAUUCCAAAAUGUAUAGCAGUUGCCCCACCAUUUCUUCAAGGAGCAUAGGGUAGCAUGCAAGACCCCUUAUUUUGUCUUCGCAACAACCCUUUGAGGUAGGUUGCUCUAAGAGAGGGCAGCUGGCCCUUGUGAACUUCCUUCCCAGCUGGGGAUUUGAACCUGAGUUUUCCCCAUCCUAAUCUGACACACUAACCAUUAUUUCACCUUGGCUAUCAUCGCUGCCUCAUCCUGGUUAGGAUGGCUUGUGGUGCCACAGUGGUGCUCUAUGCUGGUGAGAGGGACACACACACACACACACACAGAGAGAGAGAGAGAGAGAGAGAGAGAGAGAGAGAGAGACCCUUGGAAACCAGAGGAGGCAGUUUAAGUGCACCGCUCCUGUGUGCAAAAAGUUUCCUUCUAUUAUCAGCGCAUAAACAUAGCACACAGCUGGGAUUUGUACACCAGGCAUCAUGUAUUAUUUUGGUUUUUAAUAGUCAGUAAUUGUUAUUAUUUUCCUCUCCGUAUGAAGAGGAAAGACAUUCCUUUCCCACAAACUCUCAGACUCUUUAGCAUGCCUCUUCUUGCUCUCCUUUCCCAGCUAAAGAAUUUUUUUAAUGGGUUGCAGCAUUUAGCCAAUCAAUCUUUUCAAUUCUUUGAUUCGAAAAGAUGCUCCCAAUUAAUCAGGAAGCAGGUUUUUAAAAGUGACUGCUCUCCUUUUGUAUAAGAAAGAGGGGAGACUUUUCCGAGAUAGUACCAUCACACACAUCUUGUAAGCACAAAAUCGAGAUUGUACGGCAAGGAUUGGGGAACCUGAUGCACUCCAGAUGUUGCUAAACUACAACUCCCAUCAUCCCUGACCACUGGGCCAUGCUGGCUGGCUGGACUGACAGGUGCUGGAGUCCAACAACAUCUGGAAUGCCACACAUUCCCCACCCCUACUGUAGGCACACUGGAUUGUAACGCCAAGCUUUCCCCAUGUUCAUUGCAACAUCUGGCUUAGUUUGCUUGUAUGAAUAACCUAUCUCAGCGUAGUUUAGCAGGCUACCUACUAUCAGUUUAUUAUAACAGUUUUGGUUGGAUUAUGCAAGGUGAACUGUGGAUGGAGUUUGGCAGUUGGAUAUAACUACCUCCCAAGUAUAGUGAUGGCAAGGAGACUCUCAUGGCUGUUUGGUCCCUGCCGGUAAUUGUCUUGUGAACAGGGCAGGGCAAAAACAGGGUCUUGGGAUCCUUCUGGUUUGUGGGACAGGGAUGGACGGCAGGAUGUUGCGAUUCUAUGAUUCUACGAUAAAAAUCCUUUUGGUUUUCUGAUUUUUAUGGGUAUUCUUCUGGCUGUGUCAAUAAAAGUUCCCUUUGCAAGGUGCCUCCAUCUUCCUAAAUGUGAAGAGGGAGAGAAAAUACUUAGACUCAAAGAAUUGUAGAGUUGGAAGGGACCACGAGGGUCAUCUAGUCCAACCCCCUGCAAUGCAGGAAUCUUUUGCCCAACCUGGGGCUUGAACCCAUAACCCUGAGAUGAACAGCCUCACGCUCUACCAACUGAGCUAUCCCAGGGGAUACUUGAUGAAUGAGGCAGCAGCUGUUAUUUGUGCCAGCAGUGAUGUUGAUCUCCAGGCAUGUGCUGGGGUGGCCCUUAUUCUGAACGGGGAGAAAUGAACUGUGGACUCUGAUGCUGCGUGCUGACAUGCCAUAUCUCCCCCUCCCAUCUCCCACCUCCAGGUUGCCGCGAAACAGCUUUCAUCUUUGCCAUCACCAGCGCUGGCGUCACCCACUCUGUGGCCCGCUCCUGCUCCGAGGGCUCCAUCGAAUCCUGCACCUGCGACUACCGCCGGCGUGGCCCAGGGGGUCCUGACUGGCACUGGGGGGGCUGUAGCGACAAUGUGGACUUCGGCAGGGUCUUUGGACGAGAGUUCGUGGACUCCAAUGAGAAGGGGCGGGACCUGCGUUUCCUGAUGAAUUUGCACAACAAUGAAGCAGGACGUCUGGUAGGAAGUGAGAGAGCAUGUGGGCGAGGAAGUGUAGACAAAGCUGUGUAUGUGCUUGCAGGGGUGUGUGUGUGUGUAGAUUGCUGUGUUUGCAGCACCAAACCAACUUCCCCAGGGUGCAAGCCUGGGUGGUGUGUAUGGAGGUCCUGGGAUGCCAGAAGGAGGUGUUCAAGGUGCCAUCCAACCGUCUUAGGGACUCCACUCCUUAGCCUUUUCUUCUCCCAAAGAUAUCCUGCAAGGCACCAGAGGUUUAGGACCAGAGUUUUCCUUCUUGUAGAUGGGCUACCUUCCCAGGUUGAUGAGCCUCAUUUGCACUACAGCACAUGCAGAAACCCACAUCUCAGCUGCAAUAUUAAUACUGGGCUGGGCUGCUGUAAGCCAUUUUCUUUCCACGAUGGGGAUAAUGGAUCACAGUGGCAUAGGCAGGAUUUUUUUAACAUGUUGAAAAGCAAACAAAAAUACGAGUAAGACCACAGUUAGAGAGAAUGACCACCUAUUGUGUGUAGACUAGGGGAUGCCAUUCACACAACCAUUUUUCACAUGGUGAAGUCAGCAACAGCUGACUUUUGCUGUUAUCUGAGCUAUCAAACUGUUCUUGUGAGUGUUUCAACAUGUGUCUAGACUCUAGACCAUAAUUCACUCUGUCCUGACCCCACCAAAAAAACGUGGAAAAAUGGCUUUCAAUCAAGAGCGGAUGUGUAAUGAUUUGAAUAGUGUCCAAGUACUCACAAGAUUGGCUCACUAUACUAAACUCCACCAAAACAGUUAACGCUGGCUGUGUACACAUCAUACAUUUAAAGCAGAUUUUUGCCCCAAAGAAUCCUGGGAACUGUAGUUUAUCCACCACGUAGCUGCACUUCCCAGCACACUUAAAACUACAGUUCCCAGGAUUCUUCAGGGUGGGGUAUGUGCUCUGUAUGGGGAAUCACAAGUUGGCAGAGCACUGUUGCACUCAUGACUUGCUUGUGGGCUUCCCAGAGGCAGAAUCUGGUUGGCUGGAUGCUGAACUAGAUGCGCCUUUGCAUGCACCUCCUUGCAUUCUUCUUCUUCCUAUUUUCCUCAAUGGAACUCAGGGCAGCUAAAUUGCUAAAUAGAUAUAUAAAAACAAUAAUAAAAAAUAAUAAUAGAAUUAAAACUAUUUACAGUCAUACCUCGGGUUACAGAUGCUUCAGGUUGCGUUUUUUUGGGUUACGGACUUGCCGAAACCCGGAAGUACCGGAACAGGUUACUUCUGGGUUUCGGGGGUCACGCAUGCGCAGAAAUGCUAAAUUGCGCUUUGCGCAUGUGCAGAAGCACGGAGUCGCAACCCACACGUGCUGAUUGCAAAUGCUGCAGGUUGCGAAUGUGCAUCCUGCACAGAUCAUGUUCGCAACCUGAGCGCCCACUGUACAUACAUAAGAUCUGUUUAAAACAUACAAAUAAUUGUACUGUAAACAGCAGGGCACCUACCCUUUCAUUAAAAGCAGUCAGUUCCCAAAAGCCUGUUGAAAGAAGAAGGUCUUUACCUGCCAGCCAAAGGACAACGAGGAGGGAGCCAGUCUGGAUUCUCCAAAGAGGGAGUUCCGGAGUCCGGGAGCAGUCACCAAGAAAGCCCUUUCCCGUGUCCCAAGGGACCAGAUCCCACCCAGAACUAUAUCUAGUAUUCCUAAUCCAUCCUCCCCAUGGACUUUAAUAAAGGCAAUAUGAUACUGGCAGCUGCAUUUCUCCUUUUCUGCAAUUGGAAGGAGAAAAGGCCUCCCAGCCACUCUGAGCAGUAGCACAGCCUUCGGCAGCCUGCCAGCCAUGUAUCCCACGCCUCUGGGAGUGACAGUAUGUCACCAUCUAGUGCCAAUCCCAUGGGCAUUCUGAAAUAUCACCAGGAGAGGCUGCCUGCUAUCAUUAUUGGUCUCAAGUAUUCUUUCUUCCUUUUUCUUUAAAAACAAACAAACAGAAAAAGGGGGUGGGGUUUAGCCUCCUCAUAGUUAACGAAGGUUAACUCCCACCUCAAACAUUUCAUAGAAAUUCAUUCCCCCUACAUCCCUGGAAGCAGAGAAUCCCACCCCACUUGAUGUGUGACAAAUGGUCCCAGAAAAAUGAAGGAAAGAUCGUUGGCUAUGCAAUCAUUAUUUCCACCCCCAGGCAAUUCUAUGAAGAAGUUUCUUUCUCUUUAGCUGCCUGAUUUAAUAGCCUUCUCGCUCUGUGGCUCUCUAUUGCUGGAGCCCCAGCUCCCAUAAUCCCUGGCCACUGGGCCAGUCUGUCUGGAGCUGAUGGGACUUGGAGUCCAACAACAUCUGCAAGGCCACAAGUUUCCCUGCCCUGCCUUGCACCCUUUUGGACAUAGAGGAACGUCCCCUGCUGCCAGAGGCACUGCUAGGUUUGUGAGGGGUGGGGGAGAUCAGGUACCUUCUGCCACCGCCAGCUCUGGCCUCUCCACUUGUGCUUUAGAUGCAGGAGGUUUUUAAACUCUUAAGAGAUGGGGCUCCUGCUACUCCCAGUAGCACAGUCCCCUCUUUGCCAGACCCCUCCGCCUAUAUGAUGUCUCACCACUUUGGAGCCACUCCAGGAAGCAUGGGUCGGCUGCCUCCCUCUUGCCACUCAGGACUUGGAGUGGCUCCAGAGCAACACGGCAUCCUAUUGCGUUGCAACACUCUGAAGCCCUUCUAGGAAGUCUAGGGGGACGGAGUGCUGCAAGGGACACGAGCCCCUUCUUAAUUUUGUUUAUUUAUUAAAGAAAAUGAGCCCUCCUCCACCUUUCACCUCUAAGAUAAUUGGCAGGGCCAUACUCAGGGGCAGAACAUCUGCUUUUCAUGCAAUUCCCAGCAUCUCCAGGUAGGGCUGGGAGGGAUCCCAGGAGUCAGUGUAGAAAAGAUGGGCCAAUGAGUGUGACUCAGUGUAUGGCAGCUUCCCAUGCUCCUCUUUUUCCUGCCCACUCCUUUCUCCAAAGGGCCAAGCCCCUCAGUCCACUGGCUGAGCUGGGCAGUGGGCCUUGGACAGUGCAAGUCCACUAUUCUGGUUCUCCAACACAGCCUUCCCUGCCCUUUCUAGAGGUUUUAUAUCCAAAAAUAACCAUAUUCUACUGGCUUUCACUGUUCCACCAGGUUUCUGAUAUGGCCACUAUAUAUGGCAUUCCAGCUCUCCCAUCUUGGCUUUGAGGCUUCAGUUAUCAGCCUGUACACAUCUAGGCAUUGCUCCUUCUCCAAAGGGCCUCUGUUUUGUUUGCAGUUUUUAUUCCUAUAAUAAUUUUUCUCUCUUUCGAACGGCCGUCUGGGUGCUCAUUGUCAAGUUCUACCCAAUCCCCAGUUUGAGGACCUAAAAUAUUUACACCAUCAUCUCUAAGAAAUUGAUCACCCUAAAAAGUCCCAGAAAUCAGAGUAAAAGCUGCUCUGUUAACUUUUUAAAGUUCUGCUUGGCAGGAGACUGAAAUGGACCUCACUUUGCCUUCCACAAUUUAUCACAGGGCACAAUUCCCCCUGCAUGACCCUAAUUGAACACGAACUGUGCAAGGUCUUAGGCUGUAUGUGCACACCAUACAUUUAAAGCACAUUGCUUCCCUGAAAGGACCUUGGGAACUGUAGCUUGUUAAGGGUGCUGAGAACUGCAGUUUUGUAAGCCAUAAACGACUGUUCCCAGUAUUAUUUAGGGAAGCAAUGUGCUCCUAAUGUAAGGUGUGUACAUAGCCACCAAAUUGCUCUUUUCUGCAGCAGCUACUCUGCACAGUAGGGCUUGCACAGGAGAAAUUCCUGGCGGAUUAUGUGCCCAGUGCAUCAAAUCUGCCUGUCUGCCACUUAUGGUAUCAUAAAAUCUGCUCCCUAACCUCAUGGUGAGGCCUCUACACUCAUGAACAGAAUUGUGCAAAAGCUAUUUGUGUAUCUCUGUGCUCUCUGCAUCCAUGUAUGUGUGCGAACAUGUGCAUUGGGACGUGUGUGUCCCUGCUGAGUUCUCAGAAGUAGGUUAUAGGAUGGGCGACGAGGGUGGCAGUAGGCAGCAUGGGAGGGGUGGGCUGUGGUGGUGUGAUGGCCAAAAAAAAGAGGGGGGAGCAGGGGGAGAAGGCAGCCCUUAAGCAGGCAAACCUCCUGCAUGCUAGCCAAGCCCAGAACCACAAGCCCGGCUGCCAUGUGGGCUCCUACACAUCUGGAAGGAAAUGGUUCCAAUUCUUCUAAUUGCAGUAAAACCCGUUUGGAAGGGAAAGCUCUGGGCUUGGAAAGACGCAUCCACAUUCCGUGGGUGGGAGGGGGGCCCACAGUGCGCCAAGGGAACAGCUCCCUCUUGGAAGCAAAGGGGUGGGAGAGAUGGGUCUGGUGGGAGGAGGGGUUCCCAGCAGAGCAGAGCAAGUGAGAAGCACAUACCCAAGCAGCCCUCACCUCGCGGGCACUGAGAAAACUUGGGCAAGCUCCUCUGUUGGAAUUAAUAACAACAAUGAUGACCUUAAUAAUAAUAAUAAUAAUAAUAAGGCACUUCAGAGCACUUUAUGUACAGUACAUGGUCCACAUAAUCCCCACAAUUGCCUGUAAAGUAGGUUAAAAGACAAGUCCUGCUUGAUGAGGCCAAAGGCCCAGUUAGUCCAGCAUCUCACCAGGUCCUUACGGGAAGCUCAAAAGCAGGUCCUGAGAACAUCAGUGCUCCCCGUCCCUUGUGAUUCCCAGCCGCUGGCUUUCAGAGGCAUCCAGAGGCAUACUCUGGUGGUGGAUGUUGGACAUAGCCCUUGUAGCUAGAAGCUGUUGAUAGUUUAUCCUCCAUGAAUUUGUCUAAUCCUCUUUUAAAGUCACUUAAGGUGGUGGCCAUUGCUACUCAAAACUGUUAUCCCCCUAUUGCAGAUGUGGCAGGGGGAAGACUGAGGGUAAGAGAUAUUGGCUUGCCUAAUGUCACGAAGUGAGUUUGUGGCCAGGGCAAUAUUUGAACCAUAAACUUCCUGACUACUGUUUCACUAUGACUUAGCUGUUCCACUAUGCUAUGAAAAGUAUGCAGCCCUAGGAGCCAAGCAUUUAGGCAUGAAUUUAGAUCUGGACAAGCUGGUACGUGUGUAGAGGACGGCAACCAAGAUGACCAAGGGUCUUGCAAACCAAGCCUUAUGAGGAACGGUUGAGGGAGCUGGGUAUGUUUAGCCUGGAAAAGAGGAGAUGGAGAGGAGAUAUGAGAGCCAUCUUCAAAUAUCUCAAGGGCUGUCACAUGGAAGAGAGAACAAGCUUGUUUUCUCCUGUUUUGCAGGCUAGGACUUGAGCCAGUGGCUUCAAGUUACAAGAAAGGAGAUUCUGACUAAACAGAAAAGAACUCUGGCAAUUAAGAGCUGUUCAACAGUGGAAUGGACUCCCUUUGAAGGAGGUGGACUCUCCUUCACUGGAGGUUGUUAAGCAGAGGUUGGGGGACCCAUCUGUCAGGGAUGUUUUAGUUGAGAUUCCUGCAUUGCACGGCAUUGGACUCGAUGGCCCUUGGGGUUCCUUCCAACCACACAAUUCUAUGAUUCUAUGGCGUGCAUAGGCAAACUCCGGCCUUCCAGAUGUUUUGGAACUACAAUUCCCAUCAUUCCUAGCUAACAGGACCAGUAAUCAGGGAUGAUGGGAAUUGUAGUCUCAAAACAUCUGGAGGGCCAGAGUUUGCCUAUGCCUGUUCUACGGUGUGGUCCAUACUGCGGCUGGCUCAGAACUCUGGUGUCUUCUAACAGGCAUUUCCUUCCUUUGUUACCAUUCAGACGGUCUUCACGGAGAUGCGCCAGGAGUGCAAGUGCCAUGGGAUGUCUGGCUCCUGCACGGUCAAGACCUGCUGGAUGCGGCUGCCCACUUUCCGGACCGUGGGGGACUUUCUCAAGGACCGCUUUGAUGGUGCGUCACGGGUCAUCUACGGCAACAAAGGCAGCAACCGGGCCUCCCGGGUGGAGCUGCACCACCUGGAGCCGGAGAAUCCUGCCCACAAGCCCCCUUCCCCCCACGACCUGGUCUAUUUUGAGAAGUCGCCCAACUUCUGCACCUACAGCGGCAAGACAGGGACAGCGGGGACAGCAGGCCGCUCCUGCAACAGCUCCUCCCCUGCCCUGGAUGGCUGCGAGCUGCUGUGCUGUGGGAGGGGGUACCGGACCCGGACGCAGCGGGUGACGGAGCGCUGCAACUGCACGUUCCACUGGUGCUGCCAUGUCAGCUGCUUGAACUGCACCAACAUGCAAGUGUUGCAUGAGUGCUUGUGA